ACAUAACCUGUCAAGUCAUCAAAAUAAAAAGUAAAAUUUUAGAUAAAAGUACAAAUAAUAAUAAUAAAUGUGUAAUAUAAGCGGUAGUACUUCUCAGUAGUGUUUAUCGAAGUCUUAAAUACUACUAAAUUUAGAUAACAGACAAUAUUUCCACAUAAGUCAUUAAACCGUAUUUCGAGCGACUGAUCAAACUGUAUCUGGGGCCUCCAGCAUAAUGAGUCAUACAAAAUAAAAAAAAAUCCUAUUAAAACCUGAAUUACACCACCAAUUGCUCUCCAACAGUGAAGAAACAAUAUCAUGUGCCUUAAUUUAAACUCGUCUUGCUCCAUUGAACUAGUUCAGUAAGUAAACCAUUUAAUUAGUUAAGUGACAAUGGAGGAGAGAAGAAUAGCUGAUUAUUUUGUGGUGGCUGGCUUGCCAGACGAUCCAGAGCCUUUAGAUGAUACCACAUUAUCUGAGGGGGGAAACUUAAAGGCAAGCCAUUCUCAAGCCCCCAUAACCGAUAUUAGUGUGAUAUUCCCUAGUUUGGGUGAAAUUUUACCAGACGACUGGGAAAUGAUAAAUAAAACCCCCACGGGGUUGUCUGCUGAUUUAAACCAUGGCAGUUUACGAACUAUUGAGUGUUUUAUUUGUGUUAAGAGGGGCCGAGAUAAACCUCCUUUAGUCGAUAUAGGUGUCAUGUAUGAUGGAAAAGAGUGGCUAAUGGAGGACGCUGAAGUAGUAAAAACCAGUGUCGGAGGGAACCUUGCAAAUGUUAAUAAUUCCACUUCUUUGACAUUUAUUACUUUUAGAAGAGGACAUGUAACAAUGCCCUGCAAUGCCCUAGUAGUCACAGACAUUUGUGUGGUGAUAGCGAGCAAAGGAGAGUCUCCGCCCCAUGCCUUUUGUUGCAUAAACAAAAACCUUAAUAAGGGCAUCGUGGGGUCAGACGUGUUUCUUUGUUAUAAAAAAUCAAUGAACAGGGCCAAAUUGUUAACUUAUAAACCAGACAUUUUGGCAAGGUAUCCGUUGGGUGAUGUCCCGGAUUUCCCUUUUCCGAGCUCUGUGCCCCUUUUUUGCCUUCCGAUGGGCUCCACAUUGGAAUUGUGGCCAGUGGAGGCCAGUAAACCCAGGCCAGUUUUUAGUAUGUUCGUCUUGACUGUGUCAGAUGCCAAACAUAAGGUUUAUGGAUCUGCUUUGACUUUUUAUGAGAGGUUUCCUGUGGAGAAUGUGACUGAUGAACAAAAAGAGUUAUUAGAUUAUACCGAUGACGACGAGAAACACGCCUUAUACGUGAACAAAAGCAUAUGCGUCCUCAGCCAUUGGCCGUUCUCUGACGAUCUGCACACGUGGCUCCUUUAUCUAUACCACAUGGUCACUUCUGGCCAACCAACUUCGAUACCGGUGGAACGAUACAUUAUCCAACUGUUGGACGAGGUGCCCUUUCCCUCUCCACGCACCCUGUUACAACUAAAUGCGGAAAAUCAGUUUUUGCGUGUGAUUUUCACGCAACCGGAGGAGUUACCGUUGCCGAGGAGCGCGGCCAGUUUUAAGCAGCUCCUUCUGAAUCUCGGAUCCGAAAACUGCCUUCAGGUUUUAUUGCUGGUCCUGACCGAACAAAAAAUCCUGAUCCAUUCCCUACGUCCGGACGUAUUAACUUCAGUAGCGGAGGCCAUCAGUUCCCUGCUGUUCCCAUUCAAAUGGCAGUGCCCGUACAUCCCUUUGUGCCCCUUGGGGCUCGUUGAGGUCCUGCACGCCCCUUUGCCCUUCCUAAUCGGGGUCGAUUCCCGGUUUUUCGACUUGUACGAUCCACCGGCGGACGUGAGCUGCAUUGAUUUAGACACGAAUAUAAUCACUGUGUGCGAGACUCAGAGGCAACUGUUGAACACCAAACUGCUCCCCAAGAAGGCCGCCAAAUGUCUGAAAAGCGCCCUGGAAUAUUUAUAUUAUCAAAACAGGAACGCGCCGCCGAGUGUGCACUCGGAUAAUACGCUAAACGGUGACGAUAUCGAGGGUGAAUUCCAACGCAGGAAGAAACAGCAAGCGGAAGAGCUGGAAAUCCAAGAGGCUUUCUUGAAGUUCAUGGUGCAUAUUUUGCGGGGGUACCGGUCCUAUUUGUUGCCGAUCACGAAGGCCCCCACGGUAGGAACGACCGAUCCGGAGGCCCUUUUUCAGUUAAACGAUUUCCUGAAAAGCCGCGACAAAAGUAACGUCAAGUUUUUCAGUUUGAUGAUGAAAACUCAAAUGUUUAUUAGAUUUAUAGAAGAAAGAAGUUUCGUGGUGGACGGCGACCAGGGCCUGACGUUUUUCGACGAUUGCAUCGAGCGUCUCUCCUCCGACGAGAACGACCCGAAACUGUUGGAGCUCGAUUCGGCCCAUAAAAACGACCGGACCGUCUUCGUGCUACCACCGGAACCGACAAAUGAGAGUGAUUCUUACACUUAUCCCCGGUUCGUUUUGAACCCGUUGCUGUUCUUAAACGGGAAGAGGAAGAACCGGUUGCCGUCGUUGUACCAGUCGGGGGUUCCCGGGUCGCCCAUGGCCAGGAGGACCAAGCACGAGAUCAAAAGUGCACAGAAAUUGGCCAGAAAAUGUCAAAGAUCCCCGGACACCUGGGCGAGAUGCCUGUGCGGCACCUGUCACACCUUAUACUUCAUGAUCCUGCCCAGCAUGAUAAGCCUGAAUUGCGGCAAAGAAAACGCCAUCUUACAGCAAGCGUACGAAUUAUUAGUAAGAGCGACUUAUUUGAGACUGCCGUGCGACGAGGUCUGUUACAGGCUGAUGAUGCAACUGUGCGGCGAACACAAUCGUCCCCUGUUGGCCGUCAAAUUGUUAGUUUUAAUGAAAAAGUACGGGAUCCAACCGAACGCGUUAACUUACGGGUUGUACAACCGAUGCGUGUUGGAGGCCCAAUGGCCCGCACACGCGGGAUCCAGUCAAGUCUUAUGGAACAAGUUGCGCAACGUGAUUUUCGGGAUCGCGCAACUUAAACAGGCCGCACGCCGUAAAGCGCACCGCAACUAUUUGGGCGCGUCCACCGAAGGAGGGUCCAGUUUAUUAGAUCCGGGAGACAGGAGCGCCUCCAGGAGUUCCCUGGACUCCCACGAAGGGAAUUCGACCGAAGGCAGUCUGCUGGAUCGAUUCAGGAGGGUGGCCAAUAGUAUUGUGAAGGGCAGCGUUAAAGAACUGGCCGAAGCGGAAGAACUGGAUGGUCCGAUUGUGGAACAGGAAGCGGAAGAAGAGGAAGAAGAAAAAGGGGGUUCUCAAGGGCUUUUUGCUCCGAAUAGUCCGUCCGAGUGUCGCAUUUUGUCGAGAUCGGAGAGCGCCGGAGACGCGAACCUCAUCGAUAAACUGCAAAGCACCAAGAAAACUUGCUCAAGGAAUUUACAAUUCGAGAAGAACAAAAAUGGGGAGGUGAUCACGGAGAAUGAUAAGAAUUCACCUACAAAGGUCUCGCCGCGGGAGGUAAUAACGGAAAACGACCCGUUGGGCGCCUUCCGACCGCCCGAACCCACCCCGGAUCGCAUCAAACAAAACCAUUCUGUCCCGAAUAUCGAAACGAAUCCCGUCCUCACCGACGAACCGGUACUUUUCAGGAACUCCGUCCAGAGAUCGGCCACCUUCGAAGGUAGCCCACCAUCCCAAAACAAACUGCACCGCUCGGAAACGGUGCCCGCGUCCACGGUGGCCUCCAGUUUGGCCAGUUUAGGUUCCACUUUUAAAAUCAGCUUUAGCCGCUACACCUCACAGAGGCUCUCUUUGCGCAAGGCAAACCUUAAGGUGCCCCAGCAGUUCAUUGAGAACGCUAUCACCAACUUAAGUCCGUCGAGUUUGGCCGGUAAAAAAUCGAACGAACUAAUCCAGGGCUCCCUCAGUACGAUAAAAUCCGCCGCCAAUACGAUGGUGAAGAAAAUGGAGGAGAUCAAGGAGGCGAUUUCGACCUCCGCGAAUUCGACUCCGGUGAAAUUGGCCUCCGGUGAUCGGAUGGCCUCCGGGGACGCCCUGAAUGAGAUCGACGGUGAUGUGAGCGGGCAGGGCAGCGAUGACGGAGAACGGAUCAGAAAGGUUUCUACGGAACUGGGAAGCUACAGGGGCUCAUGCGCAAACUUGAAAGACUACGACGAACCCUUACCAGAGAGCCUCUAUCCAACCCCGGAGGACACAAAAGUGGAAAGCGAGUUGGAUAUUACUUUAACCACGUGUUCACAGUGUCACAACUGCAAUCGUCUCUUAUACGACGAAGAUAUAAUGGCGAAUUGGUCAGCGGAGGACUCCAACUUGAACACUUUAUGCCAGGCGUGUAAUAAACCCACCGUGCCGCUCCUCACCGUGUCUUUAAGCGGGAGGGAAACGAAGACCUGCGAUCCCUUUAGCGUGCCCUAUUUGAACCCUUUGGUGCUAAGAAAGGAGCUAGAGAAUAUUUUAACGUUAGAAGGGGACUUAAGUAUAUCCGAGUCGAAAUUCAUCGACGAACACCCGAUCAUUUAUUGGAACCUGGUGUGGACCUUCGAGCGGAUCAACGUGCAAACGCACCUGCCGAAUUUGUACUUUAAGCACCGGUCGGAGCAAAACUGUUCGAGGGAGAUGAGCAAGAAGAACAGCGAAGUGAAUUUGGAGGCGAACCAAGAGAACGGGAGCAGUAUGAAGUUGGUGGAGGAGGGCACGGACCCACUUACGCAAGAGUUGGCUGUUAUAGCAAUCCCUGUAAAGGAUAAGAAAAAACGUUUAGCGGCCAAAGUGCGCGUGAAAUGUCUGUGGGACGAGCCGAAAUUCCACCUGGACGGUCCCCCUAUUUACGUGCUAUGGCGACUCAGGGACAGUAAGGAGGUGAUCUCGAUGGAUCGCACUAAAGUCACCAAAUCGUUUAUGCAACAAAUAAUCAACUUUAUCCGAGUAAACGACCUGAUGGAACCGAUCAAGAGUCUGGUAAUGGAACGGGAACCGGUGGGAACCAAGAAGGUGGCCAACUCGAUUUACCGGGACAUUUUGUUUUUGGCCUGUAAAGCUUUGGGGAGGGCUCAAAUCGACAUUAAUGCCUUCGAUAAGGAGUAUACCAAUGCCUAUUCGCGAUACUGCGAAAGGAACACUUUGGAGGUCCAAGACAAGCCCAUCAGCCUGAACGCCCUUUAUUGCAGACAGUAUUUCCGGCCAUUGUUGCUCCCUUAAGUUCACGUUCGGUCAACGAUUAAUUACUUCACGCUUUUUUUAUGGUUUAUACACGCGGUGUAUUUGGUGACCUUUUUUAGGGAAUAGGGGGAAAAAUAGCAACAAAAAAUCAACUUAAAAAGUAUAUUUUGGCACCUCAAAUUUUUACACCCUUGAUCGAGUUAAUACUGCAAUUUUCGAAUGACGUUUUUUUGUUCAUUUGAUGACCAUUAUUUUCCGCUGUUAAAACGUAAUUAUUAUUUAGUUGAUAUUCGCUUAUUUUGUUACAGACGGUUGGUUAUUUUUGGAGUUUGUAUAUUGUAAGAUAGUUAUUGAAGAAUCAAUAAAUAUUAUUAUUAUUAUUAUUAA